AUGAACACAGAUUACUCCAUCUGCAGUGCUCUUGAUUAUCAUUCAGAAAGCAUCACAAAGGCCCUUGUCAUUUAUGAUGUUGGGUGCCAGUGGAGUAUUAACUUCCAGAGUUGGGUAAAAUCCAGCUGCUCUCUCCAUCUCCCUCCCUCCCUGGAAAUCAUUCCUGCUGUGGGGAAGUUUCAUCUUGCUGCCCACAAACUCUCUUGCUUUCCAAGAUAUAGCCUCAACUUUAUCAAGGGUGCUGGUCAUCUGGAUGGUGAAAUUUUGGAGACAUUGUGGGCUCCAUUCAAUAAGAUCUCUCCCACUGCAAGGUCUAUGACUCAGGCCCACAGACAAGAAGUGUAUGAUGACCAUAUGAGAGAUUCUAACUGGAAAAAAAUUGUCAACAUGGGUGAGAGACCUUUUCUUCAAAGAGAAGUUAAUUUACCCUGUACAUCUCAGUUCCUGCACUGUUGA